UUUUGAAACCCUAAAUUCUUGUCCAAUCAAUCUCCUACAUUUUUCCAGUUUGGCCAAUCACAUAUUGCCACCUCUAGGUUUCCAUUUCAUCUAACCUAAUUUGCUUGUCCUUUGUAACCCUAAUGUUCUAUCCAAUAGUUAAUUGACACUUAUUAUAUGCAUAGAAAAUCACAUGUUGGCAACUAGAAGCUUCUAUAUGGUUGCAAUGAUUCAGCCUGCAUCAAUUUUGUUGGACCUCUCCUUACACCAAUUGGAAGGCUCCACUAAACACAAGAUGACAGCAUGUAAACUAACUGAAUGAGAACCCAAAUUUGGUUCAGCCCACAGAUUUCAUCUCUCUGUUAAGAAAGAAUCCCACCAAUUCCCCAAUCCUAUACCCUCAACAUUCUCAAACUCUUUCUCUCACCCUCCAUCUCGUCCUUCACAACCACCACCACCACCACCACCUGUGAGGAGUGGCCGAGUGAGAGAUUUUCCGGCGGGAGACAGAGAGUUUUGGCCGUGUAAGAGAGUUCCGAUCGAUAUAGAGAGUUCCGGUGGCGUUUCGCGGUAACACGGAAAGAUAAAGAUAAAGAUGCAGCAAAUACCGGUAAGAAUCGGCAGAAGGCUAGCGCUAGUCCUGGUACUCAAAAGAAGAGAAAAUUGUCCGACAUGUUAGGAUCACAAUGGAGUAAGGCGGAGCUUGAACGUUUCUAUGAUGCUUACCGUGAAUACGGGAAAGAUUGGAAGAAGGUAAAAGAUGAUUUGUUGAGUAUGUAUCAGAGAAGGUAGACCUAUAUGAAGGCAUGGAUGAAGAAUUUAGAAAAAUAUUUGAGAAGUUUAGUUUCACUGAUGUCGCUGCUUCGGAGGAAACUGAUAAGAAUUAGGUUUUCUGUUGAUAAAGCUUACCAGACUGUUGGCGUGCCUUUUGAAGUGCUUUGUGCUGUUAAUAAGACUGAGAAAGUCGAAGAAGUUGCUCCUGAGAUUAUUGCAGCUGCUAGAGAUGUCCAGGAAAAGACGGAAAUUUGUGCACCUUUUGACAUUCUUCCUUUGGAUUCUGCUGGGGCUUCUCAGCCUAUUAUGCAGCUUGGAGAGAGCACACAACGAAGGGAAAAUGACUACUCUACCAUAGAAUCUGACAUCAAAGUAUCUGCCAGGCUUCUUAGGAUUUUUGGCUGCAACAUUGUUGAGCUUCUCCUGGUUGCUACAAGUAGAGAGCAUCAAGGAAAAGGUUAUUUUCAAGUGUUGUUCUCUUGCAUAGAGAGGUUGUUGUCUUCUCUAAAUGUAGAAAAGCUGGUGCUCCCUGCUGUAGGGGAUGCAGAGUCAAUUUGGACUAAGAAAUUAGGCUUUCACAAGAUGAGCGAAGAUCAGAAAGUUUUUGGUGUUCAUCCAAUUUCAGACAAUAAUGAUCAACUUAACUCAGCUUUGUACCUUCAAGUGAGCAUUAUUAGUCAAGCACUCAUCUUUGUGACAAGGUCAAGGAGUUGGUCUUAUGUCGAACGCCUUGGCCUGUUGCUUCUCUUUGCCUUCUUUGCAGCAGAGAUGGUGGCAACUCUCAUUGCCGUGUAUGCACACUAGGGAUUUGCUAGAAUCAAUGGAAUUGGUUGGAGAUGGGCUGGAGUAAUCUGGAUCUUCACCGUUGUUACUUACAUUCCUCUUGACGUCCUCAUGAGGUCUAGGACAACAUGAUUGAUAAUAAGUCUGCUUUCACAACAAAGAAGGACUACUGAAGAGGAGAAAGAGAGGCACAAUGGGCUACCGCUCAACACACCCUCCAUGGUCUCAAAGUUACAGAAACUAAGAGCAACAACAGCCAUCAUGAAGACUUUGAAAUUGCUGAACGAGCCAAGAGAUGUGCCAAGGCUGCCAGGUACAUUUAUAUAAAUAAAAUGCAUCUUAUUAAUAUGAUAGUUAAUUUUGGAUUAGUAGUUGUAAUUUUGAUCAAUAUUAUUAUACUUAAAACUGUAUGGUAGUGGAUGUUCUAAGAUAGUACAGUACACCAUAAAAGAACAAUCUUAUAAGGCAAAGAACAAUCUCAUGGUUGACUACAUAACACAGAUUAAUUGGUGAAAGAUCAGGAUAAUUAUUCAUAUACAUACAUACAUACAUACAUACAUACAUACAUACUAACUGCCUACUUGAGCAUGCAUGCGCUGAAAUUAUAAGAACAUGAAUUGCAGUAAAAUUUACUCCUUAUUCUCUAGAUGCUGGCUGAUGCAGAGAAAGGAAAAGAUUGUUCAAUAGACUUGAAUUUGUAAAUUGGCAGAGAUGAAGAAAUCUCUUUCAGAUUGCUUCUUUUUCGCAACAACGGCGGUAGCCUCCGACAUAGAGGUAAGGACCGGAACCGUCCUCUGGUUCUGUCUCCGAUAAUUGACAAAGAAUUUUCCGGCAUCGUGUUGUUCAAGCAAUGGUUCUGUUGGAAUCACUGAAGAAGGAAUCAAAUCGUUAGAUCUAGAGGUUAGAAAAAUUGAAUUUGAAGAAUUGUUACUACUAUAAUUGUAAUGUUUUUUCACUCAUAUUAUUCAUGAUUUCAUUCUAAUUUUUAUUAAAUUUAUUGUAACGCAUUAAACUUUCUAUUUACAUGUGGAGAGAGCACAAGUUGAAACGUCGACGUGUAAUUGCCGUGAAGAAAAAACACGGAGGGAACUUUAGAUUGUAGGAUAUGAUAGAAGAUUAUCAAUUUGGUUUGGGGCCUUAGAUCUAUAUGAAGUUAUCAACCAAAUUAAUGGAAAAAAGGAGCUGUGAUUAUUUUUGAAUUAUUGUUUAGAGGAAGAGAGAAAUAGAUUGAGUCUAUGUAUUGAUGUUUUUCUUUAAACUAUAUCCUAAUGUACUCUUGCAUC